GGUAACGCUAUGUGGCUUGGGCGGGGGUAUUCGUGCAUUGGCGGUGAUAUAUUCAUCGGCAAUAUACAUCGAAGUGCUGUGGUUCAUCUGAGAAGCUGUUAUCGCCCCAGCCAUGCAUAUUUCUUUGAUCUCUGUCAUAUUGCUCACGUGGUCGCUUGUAGAGAGUCUGCCUGAUCAGGGCCAAUGGGACUUUACAAUCAGUAAGCCGAAUGAGUACAUUGGAGUGUCCAAGAGCUUAUACAAGGACAGUGACAUCAUCAUUCGGGUGACCUGUGCAAACCAUGACGUGAACCUGACGGUUGGCUGGAUGCUGAGGGAGACGCCAUGCUGGAAUGAGUAUAUCUACUUAGAAAGUCAGGCUCCACCUGACAGCAACCUGUCAUUUUGGUAUGAGAAUCCUGCCUACAUGCCAAACAAGCUGCUGUACAAUGAGACAUGGUACACCACCUGGCCUGAGCAUCAGUUCACCUGUGACAAGGUUGUGCUGCCUGAGGUCAAUCUGCCGACCACUGAUGCCAAGCAGCAGUCGCCGUCCGCCCCUGCGGAGCAGAAGUCCGCUCCUGCGGAGCCGAAGUCCGCCCCUGCAGAGCCGGAGCCUGCGCCGGCAGCGGUCCAGUCGUCGCCGGAGGAGCUGCCGACCCCGCUGCCGCUCGCCCGCCGUCCGCGGGCGGAGCAGGUGGUGGCGGCGGCGACGGCGCCCCAUCGGCAGAUCCGCGCCCCUGGCGAUGGCAUAUUCCUGCUGGUGGUGCACGUGGCCGGCCGCGACCAGGCGGCGUCGCCGCGGCCGCUGAACGUGACCGUGCAUCUGGAGAUGCGUGGCGCCCACGGCUACCUGUCGGCCGCCGACUGGCCGUACCUGCCGUUCUACUCGGUCAUGUGCGCCGUGUACGUGCUGUACGGACUCGGCUGGCUGGUGGUGUGCUCCCGACAAUGGCGCGAGCUGCUGCGCAUCCAGUUCUGGAUCGGCGGCGUCAUCGCCAUCGGCAUGCUGGAGAAGGCGGUGUUCCUGGCCGAGUACGAGUCGGUCAACAGGACCGGGCGCAGCGUGUGGGGCGCUGUGGUGUUCGCCGAGAUCGUCUCGUGCGCCAAGCGAGCUCUCGCGCGUAUGCUCGUCAUCAUCGUCUCGCUCGGCUUCGGCAUCACCAAGCCGCGCCUCGGCCCGCUGCUGCACCGCGUCAUGGCCGUCGGCUUCAUCUUCUUCAUGUUCGCCUCGAUUGAGAGCUGCACGCGCGCGCUGCGGCCCAAGAACGACAUGUCGGGCGGCACGCUGGGCACCUCGGUGGUGCUGGCGCUGCUCGACUCCGGCAUCUGCUGGUGGGUGUUCUCGGCGCUGCUCAGCACAACGCGCACCCUCCGACUCCGCAGGAACGAGGUGAAGCUGACGCUGUACCGUCACUUCACCAACACGCUGAUGCUGUCCGUGCUGGCCUCGGUCGGCUUCAUGGUGUGGUCGGUCAAGUUCCACCGGACUGUCGGCUGCCUGCGCCAGUGGAAGAACCUGUGGGCGGACGAGGCGUGCUGGCACAUCCUCUUCUCCAUGAUCCUGCUGGUCAUCAUGCUGCUCUGGAGACCAACAAACAACAACCAGAGGUACGCGUUCACACCGCUGCUGGACGCCGGCGACGAGGACGAAGAGGACGAGCUGUUCCGCUCGGACGCCUACCACGACCUGAAGCUGCGCUCGCGCGGCCAGAGCUCGCCCAGCGGCUCGCGCGCCAACUCGCGCCGCUCGCGCAACGACUCGGACGAGGACCUCAAGUGGGUGGAGGACAACAUCCCGGCCUCGCUGUCCGAGACGGCGCUGCCCGUCGUCGACUCGGACGAGGAGGUGAUGCAGGCCAAGUUCGAGAUCAGCAAGAUGCAGUAGCGCCGCCGGGUCCGCUGGGCGGUGGCGCGGCGGCGUGUCCGGCGUGUCCGGCUGUGGCGGACGCCAGCCGGGUCGGGACUCGGGUGCGCUCGUGACCCGGCGCGGCCGCGGCCUCCCGGGCGAGCAGGGGCGUGAUCAGGCAGUUCAGGGCGGGGGCGGGUCUCGGCCCGCGCUGGGUC